CUCUCCCUCCUGGGAGAUAGGAAUGAUAGGCCAGCAUCUCUACACGUAGAGGUUCUGGGACCUGUGUGCCAUCUCUGGUUCUUACACUGCGUAGGUAGGGGAGGUGCACCCGCCUCCAGGCACCUGCAAGCUGGUCCAGGCUUGCUAAGGAAACAAGCAGGCGUUGGGCGGGGCCGGGAGGGGCCCGCGAAGGCUGUAAAAGCCGCGCAGGAUGGAAGUCCAGACACUGAAUCCGCGGCUAUGGAGCGUCCUCACUUCCCGCUGGCGAUGGGCCUUGGCCUGCUCGCAUUCUGCCUCCUGACCCUGUCACCUGACGCCCGCGCCGAGCUGCGGAGCCGCAGGACCGGAGAACGCCAGAACUUGUCACCCACCGACCCGCGGGUGCAAAAGGCCGCACAGGCAGCUGUGGCCAGCUACAAUAUGGGCAGCGACAGCCUCUACUACUUCCGAGACACCAAAGUCAUCGAUGCAAAAUAUCAGCUGGUGGCUGGCAUCAAGUACUACCUGACUUUGGACAUAGAAAGCACAGAGUGCCGAAAGACCAGAGUCUCUGGAGAACACAUGGACCUCACCACCUGCCCUCUGGCUGCAGGGGGGCAGCAGGAGAAACUGCGUUGCAACUUUGAGCUCCUUGAAGUCCCCUGGAAGAACACUACUCAGCUUCUAAAGCAUGACUGCGUGCAGGUGUGACCGGCCCCAGGGUGACAGAGUCAGGGCCCCAUGGGAACAAGCAUGGUGGAGGCGCCUCAGGGCCACGGGCCACGUCUGUUGCAAUAAAUCUGCAGCUCUGCUUCUUGCACUGCUUUCUCCUGUGUGUUUCACUCACCCUGACCCUCACUCUGCUCCCAGUGACUCUCAGAACCCCACAGCUGACUGGGCACCAUGUCCUUACCCUCCAGGGGAGCCCCUACUGAUCCCUCUGAGGCAGUACUGAGGGUAGGGUCCUCAGAGGAAGCCCCUCUUCCAGACAUUUUCAGUGGUCUCAGAGGAGGAAAGAAAGACACAGAAGAUGGAUACCGGAGACUAGCUACAGUAGGGAUGUCUGUGUGAGCCAGUCCAGCCUCUCUCCCAGGGUUCAUGCUGGGACUCCGAGGAGGAGGGUGUCAAAACCUGGGGUCAGGAGGGUCGCAAAGCCUGAUGGCUCAGACCAGUGAGUUUUUUAGUGACACAGCUCUUGUUAUUGCCCUCAAAUGGUGAAGCAGCAAAGAGCACCAGCCAGCGGCUUACAGGGCCCUCAUGAGACCUUGCUUGCUUUUAGCAAGGUACAUUCUGCGACAGCAGCAAAGCCUUUCAUAUCUCGGUAGCUGGAAUGUUUUUCUUUUUUUCUGAGGAAGGGUUUCUCUGCAUAGCCCUAGCUGUCUUAGCACUCACUCUGUAGACCAGGCUGGCCUCAAACUGAGAGGUCCACCUGCCUCCGCCUCCCAAGUGCUGGGAUCACAGGCACGCACCAUUCCAACUCAGCAUGUCUGGAACAUUUGACCACAUAUAUAUUGGGGGAAUGUCAAGUUCUCAGACUACAGCCCUCUAAGGCCCCGACACCAGGCCUUAUGGGCAUGACUGUGGCUACAUGAGGGACCUCCAAGCAGUCUCCAAUCCAGUCCAGUCCCCUCAUCAGCUAGCUUGUGAAGGGAAGCCCCUAUCCUGCUGAACUCUCAGUACCAAACAGUUGUGUAAGAUGGCUGCUCAACUCCAUGGGCCCUACAGGACUGGGUUUCCAGCUCACAAAGAUUCUCGUAUGUACUGGCAGCUGGAGGUGACUUUCUCUCCUGAGUUCCUUAGGCCAGAGGUCAUGAAGCCAGUACACACCCCUCACAUCCUUCCCAGGGGUACUUUCUCAGAGUUUUGCUCUGGGAAAGAUUCCUAAAUGAUCCUGAGCCAUGGAGUUCCAGAGGGGACAAGAACUGCUAUCCAGGAGGGAUCACUCUCACAGGAGGGACAGGGACCAGACAAUGUCAUGUUGGACUGAAGGAAGCAGGUGUUAGAUUCUUUGUAAAUUUCUUUGUAGUUGUAAUUCUUGUUAUACACAUGGUCAAACAGUUAGGGGAGGCAGUCCCAGGACCCAUUCAGGUGCCUGUGGACAUGUCCUGAAGAUGCUAGCAACACAGCCUAGAGACAGAAGCAGAGGCACCAGGCAGAAUGCACACACAUUGGAGAAGCAUUAAGUAACCCAGAGAUGAGUAUACAGCACCCCUCCCUCCAAGCCAGCAUUUACAUCACAUCCAGAAGUCUUGUUCAGAUACACCAACAUGCAUCUAACCUGGGGACAGGCCAUAGUCACCAGUUGCUUUGAAGGUGCUAGGCUCAAGCUGGCAUCACUGGGGUAGCAGGGAGGGUAACCAGACAGCCACUCUUCACUAUCUCACACUUCCUUCCUAAGAAAGGUCUCACACCUAACUUGUUCCUGUCUGACUCUCCCACCCCACUUCUGUGACCUCAUGAACACCAGGGCAGCUGGGGUUCCAUCUACUGCCUUCAAAGGCCACGUCAUGGAGGAAAUGGAGGCCGAGUGUCACCUGGGAAACCUGACACACCGAGGGACUGGAUUUGAUAUUGAGAGGGGACUCGCAGCCCUGCUUCUACUGGAACCUGAUACCCAUGACAGUGCAGUUUGUGCUAUGCAGUCACUGCUUGGAAGGUUUCCCAAGUUCCAUCAACUAGAAGAUACCAAGCAUGGAGCCAGUAUAGGGCAGGUGACAGGAAAUACUUGUUGAAUGAAUGUGUGAGGGCUAGGGGAGGCAAGAGUCAGGACAUCUGUCUCUAGUGGCUUCUCCACCCCUGGAAUCAGUGCCCAAAUCCCAGAUGGUAUUUCCUCUGCUUUAUGUAUUCCUGGGCAUGACUAAGCAAGGGUUAGUGAGAGGAGCCUCCACCAAGCGAUGCUCUGUCUUAAGUUUCUGGAGAAAGAACUGCUGCCUGGAACAAACCAAUGGUGUGUGUGGGUGUUGGUCAAACCACCAGUCUCCAACCUCCACAACCCUCUAGAUUGGCCUCUACUAAGAGCAAUAUGGUUAGAAAUGAUGGAAGAUGGCUGACCCUUGAUGGGGAGCCCCUGAGCCAGAACUGAGUUUCACCUCGACUCAAUGCUCAGUAUAGACAAGAGUCCCAUUGUGUCCCACUGUGGACACAGGCUCUGGACAUCCUGCCUGGGCUCCGAUGAGUCAGACCCUUGGGACUCAUCUGAGCCUUAAAGCAGCUGGGCAGAAGUAGCCAUUCAUUGUCUUUGGCCCUCUCCCAAAAGCAACUGGUCCUUGUCACAUGGCCCUGUCUCCAUCCACUAGAAGGAUAAGAGGCCUUCUCUAGGCCUCCACUAAGGUUGUGCGGCUCACUUCAGUGGGGAAGGUGAUGUCAGUGACCUUUAAUUUACAGGGGUUUAAAGAAUUUUAUUUUAAUUUAAAUGUUUUUGUCUCUGUGUGUGGAUUGUACAUGUGAGUGCAGUGCCCACGGAGACCAGCGGGUCCUUUAGAUCUGAGUUACAGGUGGCUGUAAGCAGUCUGAUGUGGGUACUGGGAACUGCACUUGACUCCUUCUGAAGAGCAGGAAGUGAUCUUGCCCUCUAAGGUCCAAGCCAUCUCCACAGCUCUUCUAGCUCUCUUUUAAACCUCUGGUUCCUUUAAAUUAUUUGUUUAUUUUUGUUUUUUCAAGACAGGGUGUCUGUGUGUAGCUCUGGCUGUUGUGGAACUCAUUUUGUAGACCAGACCUCAAACUCAGAGAUCCAUUUGCCUCUGCCUCCCAAAUGCUUGGGUUAAAGGUAUGUGCCAAUGUACCUGGCCCUUUGGGUUUUUGAGGGGUUUGCUUGUUUGCUUUUGUUUUGUUUUGUUUUGUUUUGUUUUGUUUUGUUUUGUUUUUGUUUUUCAAGACAGGAUUUCUCUGUGUGUAGCCUUGGCUGUCCUGGAACUCACAGUUCCACCUGCCUCUGAUUCUCCAGUACUGGGAUUAAAGGCAUGUGUCACCAAC